AUGUCCAUGUACACAAGAGAAGGAACCCCAGACUCAGAAAUGGAAGCAGCUUGCAAAACAAAGACAUCCAGAAAGAAAACGCCUAGUUUGGAACCGUCCGGUGCAACACAGCUUCCAGUAGGCACCAACUGCCUGGCGUGCUCGGAAGACGGCAGGUACCUCAGCCUGGGUCACUCCCAGGGCUUGUCUGUGUGGUGCGCAUCCUCUCUGAUCUCUGCUGCAGAGUGGCAGCAGGACGGACUGGAAAUCACAUCUAUUGAAAUGAGCAGAAUGUCUGAGACAGCCUAUCUGCUUGGCACUGUUGAUGAUAUGGGUGUUGCCAGAGUCUUUGCAUAUCACUGUGAAGGUAUUCACCUCCUUAGUGUUAUUAACAUCAUGGAAAAUAUCAACAAAAGGAGCAUUUGCUUGACAUUCGACUUGUCCGAAGGGGGAGAUUAUGGAGCUGCUUCAAUCAGCUGUAACGGUGCCAUUUGUCUCGAGGUUUAUCACUUCCCCUCAGAAGCAUGGCUGAAAGAGAUAGAGAUGGCAAUAUCACAAAAACAGGACCCAAACUCAUCUGAAGAUGUGGAGGUGAAAUGGUCUCCAGUUGCAGUUGUGAUUAAAAUCAAGCCACCCAUAAUUCCAGCAGGGACGGGAUUGGAUGGUCCACUUGAGGUGUUCCAGAUGACAGAUUUUUUUACACACUGUUUGGCUCUGGAUGUAGACACCAGCAGCAGUCGUCAACGGGAGGAGCAGUGUUUUAACAGAGAUCCAGGACAAACAAAGGAAAAAAAUGAAAGCCCAAGACGUUGCACCCAGCACUUCCUUCUGCCUUGUGGUCAGUUUCCUGGUGGCAGUAAAGCAAAGUCUCAGCCAGCAGAAUUGCCUGUUGCUGUCUGUGUGUGGUGGAGUGGCAGCCAUAAUGUUCUUCAGUAUUUCCUGCAAAAAGCACCCAAGAACAAAACAGAUGUGGAACCCAUGCCAGAUGUUUUGUGGCCAAAUGCAAAGGAAAUCCUCUGCUCUGAUGUGAGCAGAUGCAGCCGUUACAUAGCUCUUGGGCUUGAUGAUGCUUUGGUGUGUGUGUGGGACAGGCAGUCUGGGUCUCCAUUAUCGGUUGUCUUAGUGUCAGCAGCAGACAGCGCCUUCUCCAGGAUGCAUUUUGUGGAUAACUGUCCCGAGCCUGCUGAUGUUUGCAAGACUUUUACUGCAGCAAAUGUCUGUCUUUUGGUGUUGUGUAAAAGUGGAGCAAUUCAUACGGUCACCGCAGGAAGAGGGGCACAAUCCUGCUCAGUGCAGCUCUCUAAAAGGCCAAAAGACAGCGGGGACCUUCCAACUGUCACUGCAUCAAUGCCGUUCCUGCAGAGUUUGUCGCUUGUGGUGCAAAGAAAUGGAACAAUGUUCCUCCAAGAUGUCAUCAACAGAAUCACUGUUUGCUCCUUGAUUCUUCCCACAUCUCAUCUGAUUGCCACUCCAUGCAAUCCUGUUUAUGCUCUGAACACCAAACAGCAGACUCUGUUCAUACAAGGUGAACAAGACACCAGCUGCAGUGCGUCUUCUACAGUAGAAAGCCAGAGUCAGCUUUUCAUCUUCCGUUUUGGACAGCCUGACAUUAUCAAGCGGUAUAUAGUUUCACUUCCAGAGUCUCCACGACAACUAAACACACUGAGCUCUGCAACUCUGGAGGAAACCUGCAAUCUCUAUCUCCAGCAAAGAGCGCUGUCUGUGGAUGAAAGGAACAAAGCUCUUAUGCAGACAUGGAAGCAGCUACAGGAAACUGCAGUAAUGGUACAACAGAGACACAGCAGAGCUGCAGCCAGCUGA